AUGUUUCCUUCGUUUACAGGCAAUACUCGUCGGCCUCGGCAGGUCAACCUCUCAACCCGCUCUACAAACCCCUUUUCCAGCACUCCUGUGAAGCGUCAGCCCCCAUCCGGCCAUGGGGCCCAGGCAACACUCGCCAUUGCACAGCAGGAGAGAGCACAGCGCCAGCUAGAACGAGAGCGUCUAACCUCGAGCCGGACUAUUCAGAGGACAUGGCGGGGCUAUAAGAGCAGAAAAACAACUUGGAGUGUAUGGCGCAAAGAUUGGGAUAACCAUGAGAAAGCUAGGGGAGUCGGAUACCACACAGCUGCCGAACAGCAAGGCAGUGCAUAUUCAAGCAGCCUGGAGUGCGCUAAGCAGCUACAGCUUCUCCUGCAGUUUGUCCAGACUACAAGUCAGGAAGAUGCUGUGAGGUUGGUGUACUUUUCCAAAUGUUUUCAACGAACGGUUGAGAGCACGGCACUAUCAACAGAGGGAGAAUGGACGACCAUGCUCUCUCGUCUGAUGGUGACAACUCUGGAUAUCCUCAAAGCUUCCAGUCGUAUUAGCUCGAUAUCCUUUUCAAUAGAUGACCUACUACAGCUUCUGGUGUUUCUCACGAGAUUGAUACCGAAGCAGAUGGCGCGUCAGGCGCGCAAGUACUAUGAUGUCAUGGCAAAGCUCACUACACGUCUAAAGCCGUCUUCAGGCCAAAUUGCCGUGGGCUUGACUAGAGACAACAUUGCGGAAGCCGUUCUUGCUCUGUUACAGCCAAUCACCUCAGAAACACUGGUUGUAUACGAGUGGUUUGCCCGGACAUACCUUACACUUCCACAUCUUCAGGAUUACCUCGGGACCAUCAGUGAUAUAGCAGCUCAGGUGAACUAUAAGCUUCUGGCAUCGGUCAUAAGUACCAAUCUUCUGUCGUCUCAGUCCUUCCUCCAUGCAGAGCAAGUUGAGCCCCGAACCUGGCUUCUGGCGUAUUUUAUCUACUUUCACAGACAUGCGCUAGGGGAGCAGGCUUUGAACCAGACACCAGAGGUUCUAUUUGUCAAGGUUGUCUCCAUGCUUCUAGGCUCUGCAGCAACAUACAUCUCACAGAGGCUUGAUCCGGAUGAGUUUGGAGAUGCCCAAUCCUCCCAAGAGCUGAAACCAUUACCGCCAUUUGUAAAGAAUGAGGUUUUGACGUUGGUUAACCAGAACAGCAUUACACACCUCUUAUCGAUAGCUGGAAAGGGACAGGCAGCAGAAAAUGAUGUCCACCAGACUAGCGAAGACGAUGCCAAAAGCCUUGCAACAUAUGCCUUGACUCUGUUGAGAAUAUUUCCUAAACGAGGGGAUGAAAUACGUAUGUGGCUUUAUCUUGGCUCAGCAUCAAAUCAUGCGAAUUCACAGUCAAGUGCAUCCAAACUACCUGCCAUUAAAUUCUUUUGGCAAGCUUCAAGGGCAACAAGGGUUUAUUAUAAUGUAUCACAUAACCCCAAUGGUAUCCUAGAGAUGCUUCUACCACCUACUAUAAGGGAGGAUGAAGACUCCCAGCGACAGUGGAGCGAUCAAGAGCAACAGUGGACCGUUAUACUCAUCUUUCUGGAGCUUUACACCUUCCUUCUCAAGGUUUUAGAUGACGACGAAUUCUUUUCUGAGGCCAAUAACAACAAAUAUACCUCCUGGACUAAGGAGAGCUCUCUUGCUCUGGGUGACGUCAAAGAGUUGACAGUUUUCCUGACAAAUCUUGCAUUUACGCUUUACUGGAAUUCAUCUGAAUUGAGUGCUGCCGAGACCACCGAAAAGGCCUUUGAAAUGCGGGAAUACUUCAGCGUGUCUGGGCCCCAUGAACCGAAUCAAACAGUUGCUCGAAAGCUUCAGAGUAAAAACCUUGGUGGUGCGACUGGGAUACCUCUACAUUAUUUUAAGGGGUUGGUAACAGGGCUAUUACGAAUGAUACACGAGCGAGACUCGAGACGAAGAUUCCUCCCCGAUGGCCAUUGGCUCAUGACUGACCGGUUUGACAUGACCGGUUUUAUUCCUACUGUGGUCGCAGAGGAGGAGAAAAGACACCAGCUUCAAGAUGAAGACGAUGAGAGCGAGCCGGAAGGUGAAGAUAUCGAAGAGGCUCUCCACUCGUCACUUGGGCUUGUGGGAACCAGUAGGGAGCAGAACAUCCGUCGAAUGGAAAUACUAAGAAGACGGCAGCAACAAACCUCUCGGCGGAAGGAGCUUGAAGCCGUGGCACCUCGCUUAGAGAUCCUUCGGAACAUGCCCUUUUCCAUACCAUUUACCACCAGGGUGCAGAUAUUCCGAGAGUUCAUAUACCGAGAUCAAGUGCGAAGAAGGAAAGGGUAUGUGGACCCAGACGCGUGGAGACUAUCUAUUGCUCAGGGUGCCUCGGGUAUUACAGAAGAAGGAAUCGCCAUGGCACGAGAUAUCCUAAGUAAACACCAUGCGGACAUACGGAGGGAAAACCUUUUUGAAGAUGCCUUUGAGCAAUUUUACCCACUCGGGGAGGCAUUCAAGGAGCCUAUUCAGAUUACGUUUAUUGACCAGUUUGACACUGUGGAAGCUGGUAUCGAUGGUGGUGGUGUCACCAAGGAGUUUCUUACAAGCAUUAUAAACGAUGCGUUCAAUCCUUCUGGAACGCUGAGCAUGUUUACAGAGAACGAUGAGCAUCUCCUCUAUCCAAACCCAACCUCUGUUGAACAACAAAAGGCACAGCUGCGUGAAGCCGGGAUUAUUGAACGGAGUCCGGAGUGGAACGAGCAUAUCCGAGAAUUGUUGAAGCGGUAUGAGUUCUUGGGGCGUAUUAUAGGGAAAUGCCUUUACGAGGGCAUCCUGGUGGAUGUCAGUUUUGCCAACUUCUUUCUGCUGAAAUGGGCUCUAACUGGAGGCACUGGCUCAGCAUCGAGGGAGUCUGCCUAUCGAGCAAAUCUAAACGACGUCCAGGAUCUCGAUAAGAGCUUGUACCAAGGAUUGCUACAACUCAAGAACUAUCCUGGGAACGUGGAAGACUUUGCUCUGAAUUUCACAGUAACGGACACAGUGUCAGUGCCAGAUGAUAAAGGCAAAGAGAAGACGCAAACCAUUACCCGCGAACUAAAACCGGGGGGUUCCAACAUCCCCGUCACUAACCAGAACAGACUGGUAUACAUAUCGUACAUUGCACGCCAUCGACUGCAACUGCAACCCUACCUCCAAACGAAUGCCUUCCUCCAGGGUCUAGGUCAAAUCAUCCAGCCGUCAUGGCUAUCUAUGUUCAACCAAGGCGAGCUACAGCGCCUUGUCGGCGGAGACGCAAUCGAGAUUGACGUCAACGACCUCCGCCGCAACACGGUGUACAGCGGCAUCUAUGUCCUGGGCGAUGACCAACAGGACCACCCAACAAUCAAGCUCUUCUGGGAAGUCCUCGAAGCAAUGCCAAACAAAGACAGGCAGAAGGUGCUCAAGUUUGUGACCUCAACGCCGCGGGCUCCGCUCUUGGGCUUCAGCCAUUUGAACCCCCGGUUUAGCAUUCGCGACUCGAGUUCUGAUGAAGAACGACUGCCCAGUGCGAGUACCUGUGCCAAUCUGCUGAAACUACCCCGGUAUACCAGUGCAAAUACACUCCGAGAGAAGCUGAUGUAUGCAGUGAACUCUGGCGCCGGCUUUGACCUUAGUUAA